AUGAGCAAGAAGAAGAAGGCGGUAAAGGUCAAUCUCUCAGAUUUCCUGAGUUCCGACAUCGGCGGGCCUCCCGUUGUUUCGGAGGCACUCCCCAAUGCUCCACGCUCUGCCGAGAUGGAGGAUGAGGAGGGCUACGGCGGGGGCGGCGGACGCUACGGUGAUCGCGAGGGCGGCGGCGGCAGGUAUGGCGACCGCGACGGCGGAGACCGCUAUGGAGGCGGUGGCCGGGGUGGCGACCGCUACGGUGACCGCGAGGGCGGCGGCGGCAGGUAUGGCGACCGCGACGGUGGCGACCGCUAUGGCGGCGGCGGCGGCGGCAGGGGCGGCUACGGCGACCGCGAUGGUGGCGACCGCUAUGGCGGAGGAGGAAGAGGAGGCGGCGGCUACGGCGAUCGCGACGGCGGCGACCGCUACGGCAGCCGAGGCGGUGGUGGCUACGGCGACCGAGACCGCGAGGGCGGCAGAGGAGGCUAUGGCGAUCGCGAGGGCGGCGGCCGCUACAGCACCGGCGGCGAGCACUGGGGCGCCGACCGCGACCGCGACCGCGACAGUGCGCCGCCUCGCCGCGCCGGCGGUUAUGAGCCCCGCGUGCCGUCGCCCGCCCGCGACGAAGAGUCCAGGUUCGGCGCCGGCAGAGAUGACCUCACCCCUGCCGAGGCCGCUGCUCGUUCUGCGGAGCGCCCGGCCGCAGCUGGUGCUGGAGGCGCGGCGGAGCAGCCCCCGAGGGAGCGCAAGAAGCCCGCCUUCGACCCCUUUGGUGGGGCCAAGCCGCGGGAGCUGGUGCUCCAGGAGAAGCCCGAGCUCGCCGAGCUCGCGAAGGAGCCGGCCGCCGCCGCGGCGGGUGGCGAAGAGUCUGCGGCUGAGGAGCCGGCCUCCGGAGCCACUCAGACUGAGGCCGUCACCGAGGGCGUGCAGAAGCUGAGCGUCCGCGACGAGCGCCCCGCUGCCCGCGACGAGCGCCCCGUCGACAGGCGUCCUCCUCGCGAAGAGGAGUCGCGCUACAACACCAGCAGCACCGAGGACUGGCGUUCCGGCCCUAGGACUGCGGUGCCGAAGAGAGACGAGCGCGGCGACGCCGGCGGCGCCUAUCGUCCGCCCUCCGCCAGACGCGGCGGGUUCGGCGGCAGCGAGGACCGCGGUGGCUUCCGAGACCGCGGUGGCUAUGGCGACCGCGACCGAGACAGGGGCUAUGGCGAUCGCGACCGCGGCUAUGGCGGCCGUGACAGCAGGGGCGGCGGCUACGGCGACCGCGAUAGGGGCUAUGGCGAUCGCGAGCGUGGUGGUGGCUACGGCGAUCGCGACCGUGGCUAUGGCGACCGCGAGCGUGGCGGCGGCUAUGGCGAUCGCGACCGUGGCUAUGGCGACCGCCGAAGCGGCGAUCGGGACAGCCGUUCGCCCAGCGCCGGGGGCGACAGAAGCAGCCCGUUCCGCGGCGGCAACAGGGACGACAGGCCCAGGAGCGCGGAGCGCGGUAGCCCUGCCCGUGACUACGACGACCGCCGCCCGAGCGGUGACGACCACCAGGAGACCCGCGACUAG